UAAACAGCAGACGAAUAAACAUAUAUUUAUACUGGAAAUUAAAUAGUAUUGUACUUAAAUUAGUAGUAAAGUAUUUUUAGUGUACGUACGUGUGUAGUAAAAGUUUUUGAGAAUAAGUGUUUGUGUGAAUUUUGGACGAAAUGACGAACAACGAUAGUAUAUUUCUUGCCGAGAUGAUGUCCAAUAUGACGGAAUUGCCCAAGAUCAAAUUGGGUGACUUUGUUCUCCAAUUUGAAUUGGAUGAGCCAAAUGAAAAAGUGGCAGAAAUCGCCCGGAAAGAACUCCGGGAAAAUCCGGACAGAAAACGAGAAGCCAUUGAGGAGCUUAAAGCUCUUUUAAAGGAGGAAAAAGAUUUGCAUUGUCCUUUGGAUAAUGAACAAUGGCUUGUGAGAUUUUUGAGGCCUUGCAAAUUUUAUCCUGAGAGUGCCAGGGAUAUGAUUAAAAGAUACUACAGUUUUAAAGUAAAACAUGCCAACGUCUACGAUGGACUAAUUCCAAGUGGUGAAAAAAAUGUUUUCCAACAAAAUAUUCUGACAGUUUUUCCAAAUAGAGAUCAAUUGGGAAGAAGGAUAUUGCUUUUGGAACUUGGAAAAAAAUGGAAGCACAACAAAUGCAACUUAGAUGAAGUUUUCAAAGGUGCAGUCAUGUUUCUAGAAGCUGCAAUGUUGGAACCAGAAACCCAAAUUUGUGGAGCAGUCGUCAUCUUCGACAUGGACGGUUUGUCGAUGCAACAAGUCUGGCAAUUCACACCACCAUUCGCUAAAAGGAUAGUUGACUGGUUACAGGAUUCAGUCCCCCUUCGUAUCAAGAGCAUCCACAUAGUGAACCAGCCCUACAUCUUCAACAUGGUCUUCCAGCUCUUCAAACCCUUCUUAAGGGACAAAUUGAAGUCCAGGAUUAUUUUCCAUGGUACUGAUCGCAAAUCUUUGCACCAGCACAUUAGUGCCAAAUGUCUACCAGAUUGUUAUGGUGGUCAUUUGGAUAUACCAAGAGUUCGAGGAGAGGAAUGGUAUGAGCUGCUGGUUAUGUGUGAUCCUGAAUUCAAAGCAAUCAACUCCUACGGAUACAAUAAGAAGAUCACAAAAUGAAUCUCGUGAAACUUGCAGGAGGUGUGGUAAUUAAUUAGACAAAAAUUAGUUUGUAAGGAUAAUUAGAAGUAAAACUUCUGGAGGCAUCAAUCAAGAACACAAAUACUCUGUUGUAAACAUCACUAGAUGUGAAACUCGUUGCCUUAACUUGCCUUUUGAUUAUUUUGAUAAGAAACUUCUGAGCAUCACCAAAAAUCGACAUCACUUAGAAAAAUGCAAAUUUUUUGGAAACUUUUGGUUUUAGCACUAUAUAAUGUUCUGGAGAUAAAAUUUUGAACAUUUCGUUUAUACACAGUUUUUGUGUAUCACUUACCAUUUUGGUGCUUUUUCCCAAAACGUAG